CAACACUCUAUGGGGCUACUUCUAGCUGCCUGUUUGCUAACUAUCCUAUCAAACUAGCCAGCUGUCCUCCCUGAAACGUGUUGGGUUUGCUGCCCAGAGUUCAUGUUUUUAGCUCGCUCCUUUUUCAAGAUGUCAGGUCCCAAUCCUUUGUUGAGACUGGAGCAGCGGGCAGCCGAGGCUGACCAAAUCAUCGAGUACCUGAAACAACAAGUCCAGCUGCUGAAGGAGAAAGCCAUGGUCCAGGCCAGUGUCAGAGAAGAGAAGAAACUGAUGGUGGAGAAUGCCAAGUUGAAGAAUGACAUCGAGGAGCUCAAAAAACAGCUGCUGCAAAAAGAGAAGAGGAGGGGGGUGCUUGAGGUGGCCAUGCCUUCGAGCGGUGCCAGUGUUGAGUGUGUCUCGAAGCCCACUCCUCCCAAACCCUCCGGACCGUCAGCCUCUGCAUCUCCUGCUGCUGCCGUCCAAAGCCCCCCUCCCAAAGAUGACAAAAAGAAGAAGCCUGAGAAAAAAGGAGGGGAAAAAGCCGAGAAGAAGCAGGCAGCACCGAGCCAAGACGAAGCCAAGGUGGACGUGUCUCGUCUGGACCUGCGUGUUGGACGUAUCAUCACUGCAGAGAAGCACCCAGAUGCAGACAGUCUGUACGUGGAGCAGGUGGAUGUGGGAGAGGCUGCUCCACGGACAGUCGUCAGCGGGCUAGUGAAGUAUAUUCCUCUGGACCAGAUGCAAAACCGAAUGGCUGUCCUAAUGUGCAACCUGAAGCCGGCCAAGAUGAGAGGAGUGGUGUCCCAGGCUAUGGUCAUGUGUGCCAGCUCACCAGACAAAGUGGAAAUCCUGGACCCUCCAAGUGGAUCAGUACCAGGGGACAGAGUUUCUUUCCAAGGCUUCCCAGGUGAACCGGACAAAGAGCUUAACCCCAAAAAGAAGGUGUGGGAGCAGGUUCAGCCAGACCUACGCACAGACGACCAGUGCGUCGCAACCUACAAGGGAUCUGCCUUUGAAGUCGCCGGGAAAGGAGUGUGCAAAGCUCAAAGCAUGAGCAACAGUGGAAUCAAGUAAAAUAACCGAGCUGCUUGAAUUAGCUCAGUGUUUACUCUCCAUCAUCUGCAGUGAUGACCACGAUGGUGUUGAGAAACAGGAUGGUGUUGAAAUGAAGAAAAUGCUUUGAAGAGGCUCAAUAAAGGGAUUUGAAAUCAG